AUGACUUAUAAGGCCACCUUGAACCUGCUUACCAGACAGUAUAGGCUUGUUCCCAACUUCCAGUGUGAUGCCUGGAGCAGCCUCAUUGCUCUCAUUGGAGCGCUGGCUUCUGAAACUUCUGCCAAUGUGGCCACCAUUUCCGCCAUCUACAAGAUUCCACAGGUUGUGCCUCUUUCUGUGUGCAAUGACAACUGCUAUCCUGGUUACAGCAAGAAAAAGAAGGAGGGAGAGAAAUUUUGCUGCUAUAAUUGUGCGCCAUGUCCAGAAGGGAUGAUCUCUAACCAGAAAGACAUGGAUGCUUGUUUCAUAUGUCCAGAAGACCAAUAUCCCAACCAGGAUAAAAACCAAUGCAUUCCCCGGAUUCUAAGCUACCUCUCUUACAAAGAACCUUUAGGAAUCUUCCUCACCGUGUCGGCCAUUUCGUUCUCUGUGAUCACAGUUUUAAUACUUGCAGUCUUUAGGAAGCACCAAGACACUCCCAUGGUCAAAGCCAACAAUCGGACCCUCACCUACGUUCUCCUCAUCUCCCUCCUUCUUUGCUUCCUCUGCUCCUUGCUCUUCAUUGGACAGCCUGGAAAGGUGACCUGCCUUCUCCGACAAAUGGCUUUUGGCAUUGUUUUCUCCAUGUCCGUUUCCACAGUUUUGGCAAAAACCAUCACUGUGGUUCUGGCAUUCAUAGCAACCAAGCCAGGAUCCAGGAUGAGGAAAUGGGUGGGGAAAAGACUGGCAUAUGGUAUUGUUCUUUCUGGCUCAUUGAUUGAAGUAGCCAUUUGCAUGGUUUGGCUGACUCAUUCUCCUCCAUUCCCUGAUAUAGACAUGCACUCUGUGAAUGGGGAAAUCCUAAUGGAAUGCAAUGAGGGAUCUGCUUCCAUGUUUUACUGCGUCUUGGGAUACAUGGGCUUCCUGGGCAUUGGCGGUUUCACCAUGGCUUUCUUUGCCAGGAACUUACCCAACAGUUUCAAUGAAGCCAAAUUCAUCACCUUCAGCAUGUUGGUGUUUUGCAGUGUGUGGCUGUCUUUUGUUCCAGCAUACCUGAGCUCGAAAGGAAAAUACAUGGUAGCUGUGGAGAUCUUCUCCAUCUUGUCCUCCAGUGCUGGGUUACUGGGUUCUAUUUUCUUCCCAAAAUGCUAUAUCAUUAUUCUGAGGCAUGAGCUGAACAGCAAAGAACAUUUAAUAAGGAGAUCAUAG